AUGCCCCAGCGUCCAGGCCAUGGCACGCUUGGGAAGAAGUUACUAGUCUACGCCAAUUACUUCAAAGUCAACUGUCCUAAAGACCUGUUCCUGACUAGAUAUAACAUCGAAAUCAGUCCAGAGGCCAAAGGAAAGAAGUUGAGCCGAGUGAUUCAUCUCCUUCUUGAGAUGCCCGAGUUCGCUGGAGAGACCAUUGCGACUGAGUGGAAGUCGUUCAUUGUCUCUACCAGACCAUUGAACAUUCCACCAGAUUUUACCACUCAGAUCCGUUAUAUGGCGGAGGGGGAGGACGAACCUCUGGAGAGAUUCACCACUUACUCCGUUCGACUGGUGACUCCUCUCUCGUUUUCAGUCUCCAACCUCGUCAACCAUCUUGCGUCUGUCGAACCUGGCCCUGGUUACGAUCAAAAGGCCGAGAUCAUCCAGGUCUUGAACGCUGUUCUGGGCCAUCAUCCCCAAUCCCAUAAUGGUGUCGUUUCCAUUGGCCAAAACCGACAUUUCAGUUUGGAUAGGGCUCAAAGCAACGCCAACAACAUUAAAGUACUGGGCGGUGGACUGGAAUCACUUCGUGGCUACUUUCAGAGUGUUCGCCCUGCUACCGGAGGUCUUCUCCUUAAUGUCAACGUCACUCAUGGCGUGUUCAUUGAGCCUGGCUUGCUCAGUCUUCUGUUUCCCAAGUUGGGCACCGGGAACAAGAUCACAUUGAAUAAGAAGAUGAAGCUUGUUCGUGUUCGCGUCACCCAUAUCCCGCCCAAAAAGAACAAGAAGACCAAUGCAGAUAUCCCCAAAAUCAAGACAAUUUCCGGCCUCGCUCACCCUCAGGACGGUCGAACGUUGGCACACCCUCCACAAGUUCAAUCCCAGGGCGCGGGGCCCAAGAACGUCAAAUUCUGGCUCGAUGCACCCCCACCUGCUGCCAAGCCUGUCGGUAAGGGCAAGAAGUCUCCAAGAUCGUCUGGACAGGCUCUUCCAUCAAACACGUACAUCAGCGUGUUUGACUACUUCAAUAGAAGAUAUCCGGCAAUUCGAUUGGAUGAACGUCAUCCAGUUGUCAACGUUGGAAAUCGAGAGAACCCGAGUUACCUUCCUGCUGAAGUCUGUGUGGUACUUCCCGGACAAACAAUCAAGCGCAGACUGAGCCCCGACCAGACUGCCAACAUGAUCUUGUUCGCAUGCCGCAAGCCAUGGGAAAAUGCGAACUCUAUCAUUGGUGAUGGCAGAGAGGUGUUGGGUCUCAAUCGCUCUGCCGACUCUAUGGCAUCCAAGAUGGGCUUGGUCGUUGCCGCCACUCUGUUGACAGUUGCAGCUCGAGUGUUGGCUUCUCCUCAAAUCCUGUACAAGUCGCCACAGAACAAGGAGAUGACAUUGUCUCCUCGAUUUGGUUCCUGGAACAUGGCAAAUAUCAAGUUUCACCUCGGCAGCAAUCUCGGCCCCUGGACCUACAUAUACUUCACGUCGAACAGAGGUUACGAUCGAUUCAAUGAAGCUGAUCUCAACCGCACCGUCCUGAACUUCCAGGCUUUCUUGACAAAAUCUGGAAUCAACGCUGGAGGUCUCAUCCAGACACCGCCUCCUCCAACCAUUCCACUCUUUGAUGGUGAAGAGGCUCGCAAUGAUGCCACCAUCAAUCAAAUUUUCCGACAAAUGCACCUUGCUCAGAAGGGACCAAAGCCUCGAUUUGUGCUCUGCGUCCUUCCCUACAACGAUGUUGCCAUCUACAACAGCAUCAAGACUGUGGCGGAUACCAGAGCUGGAAUCCAUACCGUCUGCGUCGUUGGUCAGAAGCUUAUGAAGGAUCAACGCCAAGACCAGUACUUCGGAAAUGUCUCCCUCAAAUUCAAUCUUAAGGCUGGCGGCAUCAAUCAAGUCUUGGCUAAAGACAAGAUGGGCGUCAUUGGCGAAGGCGAGACCAUGGUCGUUGGUAUUGAUGUAACCCACCCUUCUCCUGGAUCGAAGGAGAGCGCACCGAGUGUUGCUGGGAUUGUAGCCAGCGUCGAUAAGUUCCUUGGCCAAUGGCCUUGUGACUUCAACAUUCAGGAAAGCCGAAAGGAGAUGGUUUCCGCUCUUGAAGGCAUGAUGAUGUCUCGUCUUGCUUUAUGGCAGAAGCACAAUAAUGGCAAUCUGCCAAAGGCCAUCUUGAUCUAUCGAGACGGUGUUUCUGACGGACAGUACCAACAUCUCUUAGAUCAAGAGCUUCCCUUGAUCCGCAACGCAUGUCGGCAAAAGUAUCCUGCGGAUGCCACAAAGCAAGGUUUCCCGAAGAUAUCCAUCAUCGUCUGUGGAAAGCGUCAUCAUACCCGUUUCUAUCCCACCACCGAGGCUAAUGCAGACCGAUCAUCCAACUGUGAACCAGGCACUGUUGUCGAUCGUGGAGUGACCGAGGUGCGCAAUUGGGACUUCUUCCUCCAACCUCAUGCAUGCCUGCAAGGUACUGCUCGCACUGCGCACUACUAUGUCAUCCUUGACGAGAUCUUCCGGAGCCGAAGAGUCAAACCACCUCAUCAAAACCCUGCUGAUGCUUUGGAGGAAUUAACUCACAAUAUGUGCCAUCUCUUCGGUCGUGCCACAAAGGCUGUCAGCUUGUGUCCUCCGGCAUACUAUGCUGAUCUCCUUUGCACUCGGUUGAGAUGUUACUUGUCUGACCAAUUCGACCCUAAUGACACUUCAGCUACCCCAAGUGUUGCUAGCGGCGCCACCACUCAAACCAAUCUUGACAUCAAGAUCCCCGACAAUCUGAAAGACUCGAUGUUCUACAUCUAG